CAUGGUGGCGAACAGUAGGCAGUAGUUUGUUAACACCGUGAGGAUAAAACCAAGACCGGUCUUAUUGUACUUCUAUGACAAAACACACUGUCUUUUGAGAUUACUCUUAUAAGAUUUUUUAAAUAAUAAUUUUCAAAGUUGAGAGCUGUACCUUCAAAAUACAUAUUGUAAAGACGUUUGACUUUAAGCAAGCUAACUGCUAACUACUGAACCACUAAGUUAGCUAAUGACAAAUCCGCUCCGAUGUUUGGAAAGGUGAGAUGUCGUUGGUGGUUGUCGAUUUUUGACAACCUAAAUCCUAACCUUUUAUCUGUGAGAGGAAAACAUCUAACGUGUUUUACGGACGGUAGAAGUAGAUUUUUAGCGGUAUGCAGGCUCGGGUUGUCCAGAGCAGUCAGGGAAUUCAGCACGAACCGCAUCCUGUGUGCCAAACCUCGGAAAGACCCAAAAAAACAACAGCUGUCUGAGAAGAAACUGACUCGAUACUUUGUGGACUAUCGUAACGUGAGACUGGUUGCCGGUGCAGGUGGUAAAGGUGCAUGUAGCUUCCACAGUGAACCGCGCAAGGAAUGGGGUGGCCCUGAUGGAGGAAACGGAGGAGAUGGAGGCAGUAUCAUCAUUAGAGCUGACCGAGUUGUCAAAUCACUUGCUCAAGUUGAUCCAGUUUACAAAGGACAGGAUGGUCAGUCAGGAUCCAGCAAGAAUUGUUAUGGGCGCAAUGGCAGUCCAACCUAUAUUAAAGUACCUCUCGGCACCAUAGUUAAAGAACAUAGUAAAACAAUAGUAGACCUCUCUGAUCACGGCCAGGAGUAUGUGGCUGUUUUUGGAGGGGCUGGGGGAAAGGGUAAUCGAUUUUUCCUGUCCAAUGAGAACCGUGCUCCACUGACUGCCACUUCUGGAGAGACUGGUGAGGAGAGGGUCCUACAGCUGGAGUUACGCACCAUGGCACAUGCUGGAUUGGUUGGUUUUCCUAAUGCUGGUAAAUCUUCUCUACUACGAGCCAUCUCCAAUGCAAAGCCAGCUGUAGCUGCAUACCCAUUCACCACUCUCCAUCCACAUGUAGGAAUUGUCAGCUACAGGGAUCAUGAACAGGUUGCAGUUGCAGACAUUCCUGGUAUCAUCCGUGGAGCACACUUGAAUCGAGGCUUAGGUCUGUCUUUUCUUCGACACAUUGAACGCUGCCGAUUUCUCCUCUUUGUCCUGGACAUCUCUUCUCCAGAGCCAUGGACAGAACUUGAACAUCUGCGUUAUGAACUAAACCAGUAUGAACCAGAUUUGUCACAUCGGCCUCAUGCUAUUAUAGCCAACAAGAUGGACCUUCCUGAUUCCAAAGAGAAACUUAAGACUUUGAGAGGCCUUGUUAAUCAAAGGGUUAUUCCUGUAUCUGCUCUCACUGGACAGAACACUGAAGAACUGAUCCUACACCUCAGGGAGCUUUAUGAUGGACAUCUUGAUGGAGAAGAUGAAAAAGUUAAAAGAUGAAUUGCACCAUCCAGAAGCUACGCAUGUUGAGGGAGUUACGACUAUGCAUGGACUUACCAGGUACUUCAGUUUGAACAAUGACAAGUUUUUUAAGUUCAGGUUUAGUAUUUUGAGCUCCAGCCAACCGUAUCUUGCCGCUUCGGCAAACAAAACCGGUUUGACAAUUCCAGUUCGUGAGAAUAACCACAGCAAAAUGUCCACUAAUCAAGCUUUAUGCUACCAUAAAUGCUCAAUGAUUUAAAAACGUUUUUAUGUUCACUUAAAGCGACACCUAGUCACACCUUCAUAACCAUUUUGCUAAAAGAAAAAACACAUGCCAUUUCAAAGUUGUUGCUUUUAGUUUCUAACUGUAAUUUUGUAUAGUUGAAUAUAGCCUUGUUUCUUACUGAGCACUGAAAUAGUUCAGUAAAGAUUCAUUGGAAGGCAAUUAAACACAUUUUUUAAUUAAUAUUCAAAUAAAAAUGACCUGUGUCAGCAUAGUCAGUAUAAUCUGUAGGAAACACUGUUCCUUAAACUCCAGUCAAUAUUUUCGUCCCAUAGGCAAAAAAGCCAAAAAUAAAUAAUUAUUGCCAAGGCAUUUUCUGUGUAGCAAUCUAUCUAAAAUAUAUUUAUACAUUGUUAAUUUACAUCACCACCAUUUUUUUUCCUCUUCUGUUCUGUUUUCUAAAAAGCUUUUUAUUUCCCCAUUGUAAAAAAAUAUGGACUCAGACAUCAGUUAUCAAAACAAAAUAAACAAAAUACCCCUGUUUCUGCCUGCCCAGUAGUAAAGCUUCAGCGAAACAUAAUACUGUCCAUAAUGUUAAAUCCAUAGUUGACUCCAAAGCUGCAGUCCAGUUAAGAAUUGCAUACCCUCCCAUUUUUAACAAUUCCCCAGCAGUUCAACCAGUGCAUAAGGUCCAUCUUCAUGCAGCAAACAAGCACACGACAUAAGGUCCCAUUUGAUGGGUUAGUGCAUCUAUAUUAUUUCCACUCAAUGUUGAGUUCAUCUUGUAGGAGAUCCAAGCAUUGUCAAACAAUAUAUCUCCUUGUUUCUGGCAUUCUAAAGACUGCAGGUUAUCAGAAAUGUAUAUUCUGCUCAGUGGCCUGUUGACAGAUUCCCCCCAGGGUCUUGAACUUUGGCCCCAAAUCAUUCAGAAACUGCAGGUCAUCCAAGUUGCCCAAAGAAAGUUGGUCUAGUGAUUGGCUCCGGCUGCCUUGUCCCUCAUAGGCGUACUCAUGAGGCUGGUACUCUACAUCUUCUCCUUGGCCACUGGACAGCAUUUGCAGUUUCUAGCAAAAGAAAUUAACCUAUUAAGAUACUUUCAUAUAUCAAAACUUAGUUUAACAUGUCAGUGCUGUCUUACCCUUUGAAGGUGCUCUGAAAUGUGCUGGUUGACCUGAAGAUUGUAGCGGCUAUGCCGGUAUGUGCCCUGUUCACAAGCAGUAAAUUCAUUAUAUCUGUCUCAUUUUGUCCCGAGGCUUCAUAAUAUAAAUGUACUUACAAUGUACAUGCCCAUCUUAUUGGUCCACGUGUCCUGAAAAUAUAAAUAGACAGUGCUUUGAUUCUCAAUAUAUCAAUAGUACGGUAGUAAAAUGUCACACCCUUAUUCUGUAAAGGAUUCAUUUUCAUGUUUUCUACUCACAUAGUCGUACAUGCCAUUGCCAUUUAUUCGUCCCUGGUUUAUGCCAAUUUCGUCUUCGUAAUUGUGCUGAGUAAACACAAAAGUUAUUUAAAAUCUGUAAAAACAUUGAGGAUGUUGCUAUCAGUCACUUACUUGGUAAGUGUUGUACAGGUUAAUUUCUUCAGUUGUAUAAGCUGGCAUCCCAGGCUGGGCAUACAAUGAAAAAACAUGUAGUUAUAUAUAUAUAUUUCAGAUCUUAUAAAAGCUUUUUUUUAGAACUUAUGUUGAAGAUGUAAUUUGUUGUAAUGACAAAAGAUGCUUGAAUGCGAUGUAGCUCAUUGGCACAUAUGCUGCUGAGCGCGAUUCAAGUUUGGACAGAUGUUUUAUCUCUGUGUCCAAUUCCAAUAUUAUGCAAAGGUGAAAUGAAAUAAUGAGCCUGAAGUAUGAAAAUGCCAUCUUGUUUGAGGGAAAGAAAAGUUGCAUUUCAUCUUUUCGUUAUUGUCAUAUGAAAUUGUCUAUUAUCAAUCCUUGAUUAAACAUAGCCUGUUCUGUCAACAAAUUCCAAUCAUUUGACUCACAUUAUAUAACAACAAAAAGUUAUUUAUGGCCCAAGUUGAAUGCAGUUUCCAUUAAACUUUGCCUGCACAUUCUCACGACACCUCUGACUGUCAAGAUCUUACAUCAGGGUUUGUAAUAAAUACUGAGACAUACAUUGCACACUGGACUGUGUUGGGGGGUGUAGAUACCUGAAGUGUGUCUUGCCCAUCUGUGACAGCAAUAUUAUUUGUUGUAGUUGUCGUCAGAAACAUCGAGGGUUCAGCCUGAGACAGAGCAGGAAGUCAUCUAUCCAGUUUUGUGAUUAGUUUGAGUUUUGUUUGCAGAUCUCAUUAACUCACCUUGCAUUCUGAGCUGCCUCCUUCUUCAUUGUACUUAAUGAGACUCUGGUUUCCCCCAUCAACUAUAGGAAUGGGAUCGAAUUGUUUUCCACAGA